AUGAUUUCUACUGUUUAUGCUAGUAAGGAGACUAUGAAGAGAAGGUAUCUUUGGGAGUUUUUUCAAGAGGCUUCCAAUAGAGAUAUUCCUUUUAUUGUUAAAGGGGAUUUUAAUUGCAUUUUGGCUCAAGAGGACAAGAAGGGUGGUAGAAGGUUUAAAAACAAUCAAGGCUCUUUGGAUAUGUUGAAGUUUAUGAAUGAGAAUGACUAUCAUGAAGUCGAAUUUGUUGGACCCAGGUACACUUGGUGUUAUAACAAAAGUGGUGGAGAAAGGAUUUUGGAGAGGCUUGAUAGGUGUAUUCUUAACUCCUUGGCCAUCAACAAAAUCCAAAUUACCUUGGUUAGACAUCUUGCUAGAGUUGCUUUGGACCAUUGUCCGAUUGUACUUAAGAUGUUUGAAUUGGUUUGUAAAGGUAGAAGUGGUAUAAAGUUUGAAGAUGCUUGGCUUUCCUUUAAGACUGCUGAGUAUAUUGUAUCCAGUAGGUGGAAGAGACCAUUCUUGGGGGAUGACAUGGAGGUUUUGAAUAAAAAAUGUAAAAGGACUUUGAAAGACUUAUUUUAUUGGAGCAAGGCUAGAUUAAAGAAUUUUUCUUUGGAGAAAGAUAAAUUAAAAGCUGAAAUUCUUGUUUUGCAAGAAGAAGAAUCAAGGCUUCGGUGGUUGAAUGAGGAUAAACUGUGCUUACUUAAAGCUAAAGUGAAAGAACUAAAAGUUGUGCUGAAUUAUCUAAAUACUUGGUGGAGACAGAGAGCUAAAGCAAAGUGGAUUAAGAAUAGUGAUGCAAAUACCAAAUUCUUCCAUUCUUUUGCCAAUUUUAGGAGGAAUGUCAACUGGAUUUCUCAAGUGAAGGAUCCGAACGGGUAG